AUGAUGAGGAGGGCGACUUUGGCACUGCGGGAGCAGGGCAGUGGAUGUAUGCUGAUGGGCCGCUUGCCGGCCGUGAGCUCUCCUUUCACGUCGGGAUCUCGCUCCCUUUCGACAUCUGCCGAUGAUUUGCUUCACCUGUUCAAGCAGGCCGCCUCCAAGAGCGCGCCCUCGGCCCCCGCCGCCCCGGCCCAGCAGCCGCGUCCCGUCAGCGCCGGGCGAGGCCGCAUGCCUACUUCCGCAGCCACAACUUCGUCGGGCAAUUGGGCUCAGCAAUUGGCGAACCAGCUCGACGACCGGGCCAUCGAGAGCCCCGCCAGCCACCCUGCCGCUAAGCCCCUCUAUCAGGGCCAAGAUGAAAAGAAGCGCAAAUUCCGCCCAGCCAGACAUGCGUUCGAUCCCUCAGCUCCUCGCGGGGGCAGCAUGGAAGAUGUGGCAUCGCCGCUGUCGCGCGGAGGUCGUGGGCGCAGGAUGCGGGGUGGCGUCUCGCUCGGGUUCGAUGACGCUAGAUUCCAGGACGCGGCGGAGGAAGGGGAAGACGAUGAUUUCGACAUGCGAAUGGUCCUCCGGGAGGAGAAGGACGAUGCGAAGGACCUCGUUUCCCUCUCGUCGGCCAUGGACGAGGGCGGAGAUGACGAUUGGGAAGCGAUGGCCGCCGAGAUCAACGCCUGGGGCAAGAAGCUGCAGAAUUCGCUCCGGCCUCACAUCGAGGUCCUGAACAAGCACACCAAGACCAGGCGCAUGCGAAGGCAGAAGUACCGCGCCUUCCUCGAGCGCUGCCUCGCCCGUCGCGAGGCCAAGAGGGGCGGUGCGCCUAAGCCUGCUGGCUGGCCGUGGCCCAAGGAGAGGGACCUCGUCUACAACACCGACCUGUUCGUUCCGCUCAACCUCGAGCUCAAGGGCAUCGAGGAGGAGGGAGAGGACCUGCACGCCCUGCUCACCCAACAGAUGGAGGAUGCCGCCCGUGCGAUCGGGCACAACGCCUCGUGGCCGCUGGAGGAGAAGAGGAAGCUCAUGCUCGGGCUCAAGAGGUUCUACGAGCAGGCCGUGCGUAGCGGUCCCGGCUCGUACGACCUGUUCGCCGACCAUCGCCACGCCCUGGACGAUGACGACUUUAUCGGCGGGGGCGGCGGUCCGUCCAGCAGCGAGUGA